AGAAUUGGAGAGUUCUCUGUUAUGCUUUGCCUGGACAGUUGUACUUUGGGCUGAAAGAGCGGUCCUAGGCUGGCCGACUCCAUUUUGUUCUGUGUCCUCCAUCUUGAGUGACUAUGUCCCCGACAUGGCCCCCUUUUCUGGGAAAACCCGCAGAAAGAAAUUCCUGCUCACUCGCUAAAACCCCCUCCCCUUGAGUAACUUCCCGCUCACCCGUCCAAACUUCCCAUACAAACCAUGCCCGGCAACCUGCACAACGGGACUCUGAUCCUUCCCCAGCCAAUCAGCUAAGGCCACGACCAUCACCCCACCAACUGCCCCUAGACCCCUAUAAACCUUUGUGCUUUUGAAACUCACUCUCUCUCUGGCAUCUCACCGCUGCGUUGGUGCAGGUAGGAGAUUGAGCUCGAGCUAGCUCAAAUGAAGGUUCCUUGCUUUUGCAUCAGACUCGGCUCCCUGGUGGUCUUUGGGGAUCGUGAAUUCUGGGCAUAACAUUUGGGAGCUCCUCCGGGAUCCCCAAGACUCCUGAGGGACCCCCCCCCCCAACCCAGAGAGCCUGACUGGCCACGGUUAGUGUCUGUCCGUUCCCUGUCUCUUCUGUGUGAGCUCAUUUCUGAAAUUCUGGUAGUGCCUGGCGUGUUCUAAAUGGACGCACUGGAGGACCACCGGCCGGGAGUUUCGGAAGACGUUCCAAUCCUCCCUUCUGGAGGGAUGUGGAUUCCCCUCAAAGGUCUGAGAUGAGGCGGGUCGCUCCCGCUGGUCGGCGUGAGGCCAUUGUCUAGCUUUCAGUUUUGCUUCCACGGAGUUGGAAGACUGUUUCUAGGGGCCCUCUGUCUGUUUCUGUGUUUCUCAGUUUUGUUCUGUGGACUUACUAGAUGGAUGUUAUGGGACAGACUCAGACUACUCCUCUAAGUAUUAUGAUUGAUCACUUUAAGGAUGUCAGCCAAAAAGCUAACAACCUCAGUGUGGAAGUCCAAAAGGGUUGGUGGCAGGUUUUUUGUUCUAGCGAGUGGCCAGCUUUCAAUGUCAGAUGGCCGCCAGAGGGCACGUUUAACCUCCCUACCGUCCACCGAGUCAGGGGUAUCAUCUCUCGGCCUAAGACGGCCAUCCUGAUCAGCUCCCUUACAUUAUCACUUGGCAGGACCUUGUAGAAGACCCACCCUCUUGUCUUAAGCCCUUCCUAGCCCCACACCCUCCAGAGCCAAAACCCAUUCUUGCUUUGCAGGGGACAGAGAAGAAGGAGAACAAGAAAAGUCUUACCCAGCCUUCAGCACCCCUCUACCCUGUCCUAUGGGGGGAGGGGGGGGGGGACUAAAAAAGAAUUAUUUUUUCCUUCCCCGUAUAACCCCCCUAGGAUGCCGGAAGAACACCAUCCUCCCCCUCUGGGGGAGGCAGACGCUGUUCACAGAGCGGGAGGCGGAAACGCUCCAGUGGGAAGCCCGCCCUUUACCAGACAAAGGGCUCAGAGGGAGCAGCCUGCCUCCGCCGCUGACUCCACUAUUCUGCCCCUGCGAGCCACCGGACCCCCAGACGCGAAGGGGAAUCAGCCCUAUCACUAUUGGCCUUUCACCACUAGUGACCUCUACAAUUGGAAAGCUCAGAAUCCUAAGUUUUCCGAGAAACCGGCAGGGCUUAUUGAUUUAUUAGACUCUGUUCUUUUUAUCUAUCAGCCCACGUGGGAUGAUUGCCAGCAGCUUUUGCAGGUCCUGUUCACAACUGAGGAAACAGAAAGAAUCCUCAAUGAGGCCCGAAAACUAGUUUCGGGCACAGACGGGAAUCCCACCACCGACCAGGCUCAGAUAGAUGCCUCCUUCUCCUUAACUCGGCCCAAGUGGGAUUUCAACACGGCAGAAGUAUUUACAGACACCUUCUCUGGCUGUGUGGAGGCAUACCCAACCAAGCAUGAAAUGGGGCCAGCUUUUAUCUUGCAGAGGGCUCCAGAAGGCGCACGAGGACAUUUGGCCGCGCCUCCGUGCCAUCUACGAGGCCGGCCCAACCCUGACACCUCACCAGUACAGGUCGGGAGACUGGGUCUACGUCAAGAGGCACCGGCAAGAGACCCUCGAGCCGCGCUGGAAGGGACCCUACAUCGUGGUGCUGACAACCCCCACCGCUCUCAAAGUAGACGGUAUCGCGACCUGGGUCCAUCACACCCACGUUCGGCCAGCAGAGCCCCCCCCCCCCCCCCCACGAUCCGGAAGGACUUCGUCACGCAAUGGGCCGUCAAUCGGGAUCAACACAACCUGCUCAAGCUCAAGCUAUAGCGCAUUUGACCCACCUGAUAUUGGUAACUCUGUUAACUCUGCUUGUCAUUGCUCAUGCUGCUGGGAGUCCCCACGCCCCCCAAAACAUUACCUGGCAGAUCGUAGACACCAGCUCAGGGACAAUACUUAAUCAGACAUCCCAGACCCACCCUAGAGACACAUGGUUCCCGGAAUUACGAGUAGACUUAGAAAGCCUGUUUCCCCCUUAUACCGGCCACCCCAGGGUUGAUACCACAGGGUUCAGGCGACAAGACUUUCACUUCUAUGUCUGUCCCGGUGGAAAAGACCAUGGGGACACUUGUGGGGAUGCGGCAGACUACUUCUGCGCCUCUUGGUCAUGUGUCACCACUGGACACAUCUGGUGGACCCCACCACGCACCGGAGAUCUCAUCGUGGUAACACGGCCCAGUGGCCCCCGACCACCAUAUGUCUCGGGCCAUGGUAAUCCUGUGUCAAUAUCUUUCACAGAACAAGGAAAAAAUGCAACAGGGUGGGAAGCUGGAAAAACCUGGGGGGUCAGGCUUUAUGACAAGGUCAGACUUGGGCCUAGAGAUAAAGGAAUGUUAUUUACCCUCCGAAUGCAAGCAACCCCCCUUGCCCAGCAGUCGCCCACAGGGGUAGGACCCAACCAAGUACUAGUUCCCCGACCUGCCCCCGCCCGGACGGCCACGCCCAGAAACACCCAGGCUCUGGCCACACAGCCCUCCACAUCCCCUGUCCCUACCGGAGCGUCACCCACAUCUCCUGCCCCGGGUCACAACUUACUAUCUGAUACAGACCCCCUAUGGAGCACGGAGCAUACUAGGUACUAAACACUAGGCCUGACCCGACCAAGUCCUGUUGGCUCUGUCUAGGUGUCCAGCCCCCAUAUUACGAAGAUAUUGCCAUUAAAGGCAAUUUUACAACAGCCUCCAACUCUAGCUCCUGCAGAUGGCAGCAGGCUACUGCAAGACUAACCCUCCAGGCGGUAACAGGACAGGGCACUUGCAUAGGCCACGUGCCUCCCGGGCAGUCACAUCUCUGUAAUGAAACCCUAACAGUCCCGAGGGAGACAGUGUAUCUACUUCCCCCCAAAAAUGCAUGGUGGGCCUGUUCCACCGACCUCACUCCCUGCGUCCACUCCCAAGUCCUUAACUCCUCGAAGGAAGGCUUCUGCAUACUCCUGCACUUGAUCCCCAAGCUAGUGUACCAUUCAGGGGAAAAAAAUUCUUAACAGGUUAGGCUCUACUAACCCCCGAAGUAAAAGAGAGCCUAUUACAACCCUAACUCUGGCUGCGCUCUUGGGACUGGGAUUAGUGGGGGCAGGGACUGGAAUAUCCUCACUCGUCAUCCAGGACAAAAACUACGGAACCCUAAGGGCAGCCACUGACUUAGACAUAGAAAGAAUUGAGAAAUCAAUUUCUCAUUUACAGGAAUCCCUUACUUCUUUAUCAGAAGUAGUACUCCAAAACAGAAGGGGAUUAGACUUAUUAUUCAUGCAGCAAGGAGGACUAUGUGCAGCCCUAGGGGAAGAAUGUUGCUUCUAUGUUGCUCACUCAGGGGUCGUAAAAGAAUCUAUGGCCCUCAUAAGGGAAGGGCUGCAAAAAUGAAAGUUAGAGAGAGAACAAUCUCAGUCCUGGUACGAGUCUUUGUUAAACUGGUCUCCCUGGUUAACUACCCUCAUCUCGGCCCUUGCUGGACCCCUCGCCAUCCUGCUCCUACUAGUAACCCUCGGACCCUGUAUCAUCAACAGGCUGGUCCAGUUUGUCAGGGACCGCGUGGGAGCCGUCCAACUAAUAGUCCUCCGUGCUCAGUACAAGCCCCUAGUAACAGAAGAAGACAAAACAGAAAUGCAGCCGGUCCCAUGAUUGGGUCCAUAAGCUACAUGACAAGGGGGGAAUGAAAUAGCGAACCUAGGCCGGCCAACUCCAUUUUGUCCUGUGUCCUCCAUCUUGAGUGACUGUCCCCGACAUGGCCCCCUUUUCUGGGAAAACCCGCAGAAAGAAAUUCCCGCUCACCCGCUAAAACGACCUCCCCUUGAGUAACUUCCCACUCACCUGUUCAAACUUCCCGUUCAAACCAUACCCGGCAACCUGCGCAACAGGACUCUGAUCCUUCCCCAGCUAAUCGGCUAAGGCCACGACCAUCACCCCACCAACUGCCCGUAGACCCCUAUAAGCCUUUGUGCUUUUGAAAUUCGCUCUCUCUCCGGCAUCUCACCGCUGCGUCGGUGCAGGUAGGAGAUUGAGCUCGAGAUAGCUCGAAUAAAGGCUCCUUGCUUUUGCAUCGGA